AUGGAGGACAAGGGGGAUCCUCCAGGAUUAUCCGAGGAGCAGCAGCGUUCAGAAGAGAGGAACAAUGCGAACUUGAUGAACAGUUUCACCGGCAGAGGGGUAUCCGGAGAGAAGGGCGCCCCCAGGGGACCGGUGGAAGCAAGAACCAAGUGAUUCCCUGUCCGUGUGCGGGAGGACCUUCCGCUCAAAGGAGGCGAUGUUCGGGCACCUGAGAUCCCAUCCGGACAGGAAACCCAGAGCGCCGCCCUCCCCCCCGCGGGCCGCAAGCUGCUCCGGUCGGUGACCCGGCGGCGGAGAAUGGUGGCACAAGCGGAGACACCAGGGGCAUGGAGGCAAGUAAGGAGAAUGGCGUGGGCUCCGCAGGUGAAGCGACCGCCAUUCUCCGUUCUGUCAUCACGGCGCCGGGAGGCCAGAGCUCCGUGGCGCCCCGGCCAUACAGGAAGAAGAGGACGAAGAUGCAGCGAACCGGUCUGGAGGAGCUGAAUGGUGGGGGUGUAGGAAGAAAAGGAAAUCCAUGCCGCAGGGACUAGAGCCGCAUGGAAGACGCGGCCUCCACCCUGCAGCAUUUCAGGUCCGGCUUCACAGCAUCGUCCACUGCGGCGGCAGGAGGCCAUAGUUUUGAGGCUGCCCCGCCAAGUGGGAGGAGAGGAUGAAGAUGACGACAACUGAUCGGCCGGAGCUGAAUGGUGACGACGGAGGAGGAAAGGGAAAUCACUGCCAGCAGGGUGUUACCGGCGAGAUCGAGGCGAGUUGCUGCAGGGGCAAGCGUCGGAAGGUAGGCGGUUCGGGGGGCGGCAGCAACGACGAGGAGACCUCGGUGGGGCACUGCGUGCACAAAUGCAAUAUCUGCGGCAGUGUCUUCCCUUCAGGGCAGGCCCUCGGUGGCCACAAGCGCAAACACUGGAAAGGACCGAACAGCGCCGCCGUGCCCACAGCCGGCACCAUGGGGCAGAGCCAUGGACAUCGAUCUGAACAGGCUGGCACCACGGGGCAGAGCCAUGGACAUCGAUCUGUAA